AUGAUUGAUUUUGAUGUGUGCACAAAAACUGAUGAUAAUGAUGAAUUUUUUGAAGUGGAGUGUGACAAACCCGGUCCUUUAAAAGUUCAGCGUGCUCGUAAGACUUUCAUCACGCCUAGGUUAGUAGCUGCUUUAGACAGGUGCAAAAUAAGCGACAGAAAUUCAGUACACAUUUUGGUGGCAGUUGCAGAAGCUCACCGCGUUCAAGAUUUGGUUCUAAAUAAAUCUUCAAUUUAUCGAUGUCGACAGCGUUUACGCCCCGAGCGUGCUGCUGAGCUUAAAGGUAAGGUGUUAAAUUUAAAAGAGUCCGAACCAGGUAUUCUCGUUCAUUGGGAGGGAAAAUUACUUCCGGCAUUAAUUGGCAAAGAAAGAGUGUUCUGUUUGCCUGUUAUUGUUACCUGUAAUGGUACAGAGCAUCUCCUCGGUGUUCCACAACUUGAAUCCAGAAAAGGCGAUGAGAUGGCAUCUGCUGUAAAUCAACUUCUUGAAGAAUAUCAACUAAGUGAAAGCGUUGAAGCUCUUUGUUGCGAUACUACUCCAUAA